AUGGCCGACGUAACCGACCCCGCAGUGGCCGCUGAGCUCAAGAAGAAGCGCACGUUCCGCACGUUCUCGUACCGCGGUGUCGAGCUCGACAAGCUCCUCGACAUGAGCAACGAAGAUUUCGUCGAACUCGUCCACGCCCGCGCCCGCCGCCGCUUCCAACGCGGCCUCAAGCGCCGCCCCAUGGGCCUCAUCAAGAAGCUGCGCAAGGCCAAGAAAGAGGCCCCGCCCAACGAGAAGCCCGCCGUCGUCAAGACGCACCUGCGCGACAUGAUCAUCGUCCCCGAGAUGAUUGGAAGCGUCGUUGGGAUUUACAAUGGGAAGGUGUUCAACUCAGUCGAGAUCAAGCCCGAGAUGACAGGGCACUACCUCGGCGAGUUCUCCUGCUCGUACAGACCCGUCAAGCACGGUCGUCCCGGCAUCGGUGCCACACACUGUAAGCCUCAUUCCCUCCUACCUUCCGCACUGAUAACUCACUGCGACACAUUUGCGGCCCCUGCAUCCAACAGCCUCCCGAUUGUGUUCAACUCGGUCGAGAUCAAGCCCGAGAUGACAGGGAACUACCUCGGCGAGCUCUCCUGCUCGUACAGACCCGUCAAGCACGGUCGUCCCAGUAUCAGUGCCGCACACUGUUCACGAAAGGCGAAAGGCGGGUUGACCACAACCACCACUGCCACCCGUCUACACUCAAUCACGACGUCGACUAUUAUGUCUACUCAAUCCAUGAGAAGCCAAAAGUACUACCUCCCCGACACGGGAAUGGCCAUCUUCAAGCACGAUACUCUCAGAAAGUGGACGCGGCCGGCAUUUAACGACCUGGUUGUCCGGAAAAAUCCCCUAACUGCCAAAGAAAUGAAGAAUUUGGGACCUAUUAGAAGUGCCGUUAUCUGCGCGGAGCGCGAAAAGUACGCGGCCCAACCAAAGAAUACUGGCUUCGGAUAUGACCUAGCCUAUGUGACUGAAGUGGACUACGACGACGUCAGCGAAGGCAAUCCUGUGACGAUCCAGGCUACUAUUCCCUGGUUCAAUGACGAUUCUAUUUGCUAA